AAUCGCAGGUCUGCCCACGAUGAUUCCGAGUGUCUUCGAAAGUGAUCCACUGACCCGACUGAAGGAAGAAAGAUUGAGGCUGAUCGAGCUCGAAUUUACUCGGCUCUUUGCGAUUUUGGACGAGUUUUCCAACUGAGCCAGAAGGAACAAGAGUCAGCGGGCGGGGCUGUGGCAGCUUUUACACUGAAUGAAAGUAGUUGGUAAAAGUUUGAGCAGAGGGACGGGACAGGACACGGCCAGUGACUGAAGAAUCUGAUGCGUGUUAUUAUCUGGGAUUGCUACAUACACGCGCACACAAAAAGGCACUUCAAGGGGCGUCUGACUUUCUAAGUAUUACACAUGGAUAGGAGCAAAGGUCAUUUUUCUUCUCUUAACUCCUCGCAGUACAACCAUAAAAUGCAGAAUAGAACAAACUUGGAUUAAAGAACAGAAUCACUGUGAUUGAAUGCAACUUGCUGCUUUUAAGCAGUUUGAGACUUUACAUUGUAAGCGCUGGAUCAGCUGCUUGCAGAACUUGAGACAUUUUUGAAGUUACUGGAUAAUGAAAACCUCAGCCUUAGCGCCUUAGCAAAAAAAUGUGUCUUAUCUGAUCUACUUCACAACAUCAUCAGUUCUUCAGCUGGAGAGGAGGAAUAUAUCUAUAUGAACAAAGUUCUGCUUGAAGAAACAACUGCAACUGAGAAGAAAACAUCAGAGAAAGGCCUGGAUCAUGGCGAUAUUCCCAAUGGAAUAGAUUUUAGGAAGAUCACCCCUGCACCUCAGAAGAGCUUGCCUGAGCUUCCACCCACAAAAGCUAUACCAGACAGGGAGCCAUUUCUUUUAUCCAGGACAGAGCCUGUUGAAGGCCACUACGAGGAGGCUGAGCCAUAUGACACAGUCAAUAAUGAUGAGGUCGAUGCUGUCAGUAGCUCUUAUGAAUCCUAUGAUGAGGAAGAGAACACCAAGGGGAAAUCAAUGACCCAUCAGUGGCCUUCUCCAGAGGCUUCCAUUGAACUGAUGAAAGAUGCCCGGAUUUGUGCUUUCCUCUGGCGAAAGAAGUGGCUGGGACAGUGGGCCAAACAACUGUGUGUCAUAAAAGAGUGCAAACUUCUGUGUUACAAAAGCUCAAAGGACCAGAAUCCUCAACUGGAUGUGAGUCUGAUUGGCUGUACUGUUAUCUAUAAAGAGAAGCAAGUAAAGAAGAAGGAACAUACACUGAAGAUCACACCAGUCAAUUCAGAUGUUAUAGUACUGGGUCUCCAAAGCAAGGAGCAAGCAGAGCAGUGGUUAAAGGUGAUUCAGGAGAUCAGCAACAUUCAAGGUGAUGGCUUUACUGAUGGAAAUCUUGUAGCCAUAGACCAUUCCCGCAUUCAUGGCCAAAGGCUGGAUUCAUCAGAACGCUAUUCAGGUGCAUCGGAGAGUGGAAACAGCACUGAUGGUGGAUCUGUGCAUGAUAUCACGGAGACUAAGGAUGUGAAAAAGAAAUCCAGCAUUGGGGACCUUAAAACUGCAGGCCUGAAGCUGAGUAGUUUUAUGAAUCUUGGGAAAAAGAAACCUAUAUCUGUGGAGAUUCCUAUUAACAAUAAGAAGAAUGUUGAAGCAUCAGGGUAUUUGAAUGUGUUUAUGAAUAGCCAAUGGCGUACACGUUGGUGCCAGGUGAAAAAUGGACUUAUUCACUUCUACCAGGACAAGAGUAAAAACAAAGCUGUUCAAAAUCCUCUGAGCCUAGAAGGCUGUGAGGUUAUUCCUGACUCUACUCCAGAACAUUUAUAUUCCUUCCGCAUUCUGCAGGAUGGUGAGGAGGUAGCUUCUCUAGAGGCUAAGUCUUCGGAAGAGAUGGGUUACUGGCUUGGUCUUCUGCUGGCAGAAUCAGGAUCUAAGACAGACCCUGAAGAGUUCACUUAUGACUAUGUAGAUGCUGACCGAGUGUCUUGUAUAGUGCAUGCAGCCAAACAUUCUUUAUAUUUACUGCAACGAAGAUACUCAGAGCCAAACACAUAUAUCGAUGAUUUGCCAGUGGUACAGAACCAAUCAGAUGACCUGUAUGAUGAUGUGGAUAUACCUGAAUCUGUGGAUGAUAAAGCUAAUGAGGAACAGUGCUAUGGGGAAGAUCAAACAAGGGUUUAUUUGGACUUAACUCCAGUAAAAUCAUUCCUUCAUUCCAGUAACAACAAACUAGGCUCUAAUGCACUACCAAAUGCAUCAAACUCUGAGAAUGGAAGAGAGGCUUCAAAUCUUUUACAAAUGAAUGACAAGGACACAGCUAGUGAUUCAGAUUCUGGGAUCAUUGCAAGGCCUUUGGAGUCUGGUAUUAAGAUAUCUCAAGUGAAAGCAGAGUUUGAAGAAAAGUCUUCAAAGACUGGCAGUAAGCCUUCCAAUGGUCAGAAAGUGGUGAUGCCUUGGGUGGAUCCAAAUAAGAAUGGCACACAAGCAAGUAAUCAACAAAUGAAGGCAGUCAUGGAGUGUGUUGAAAAGCAGAAGCUGAGCGCAACAGUAUCAAUUGAAACUAAGUUUGGGAAAAAUCGAACUGAGGCAGAUCUAAAAAAAUUCAUUGAAGAGAAAGAAAAACUGGAGAAGGAGAAGGAGCAGCUUCGAAAUGAACUGAUGCAACUGAGGAAACAGAAGAGGGAGGUGAAGGACGCAAUAGCAGUUUGCAAAGAUAAGCAAGUACUUUGCACUCAGGAGGAAAAGCUGCGACAGAUUGAAGAAGAAUGCAAAUCAAAGGAAAACAACAGGGUCGACCUGGAACUUAAGCUGGUAACAGUGAAGGAGAACUUGAAGAAAGCUGAGUCAGGGCCAGUAACGUUGGGAACAACUGUGGAUGCCAGUCAUUUUGACAAUCUAAGCACAAAUGUUAAGCCCUCCAAUCUGAAUAACAGUCCUGACAGCUCACCUGUGAACUCUGCUGCAGCCUUAAAGAAUAGACCAUUAUCUAUUAUGCAGUCUGGAAAGGGGACUGUCCUACAAAAAGCAAAGGAAUGGGAAAAGAAAGCUACCAGCUAGAAAAUAUAUUGAAUGAGGAUGGACAAUAAAUGCAGAAACUGUAGCCUUUGGAAGGAAGAGAUGCUUUUCUUCAUCUAUUCAUGGAAGGCAGAUAUAGAAAGCCACUAGUACUUGGCACACUUUUUCAUAUAUGAAAGUUUCUACUGCCCCAGUCGUCAACAGGAACUCACACACUAAUAUCAUGGGCCAUUACUCAAAGCAUCUGAGGAUUUUGGAGGCUCUUCAUUUCAUGGUUGAAAAUUGUAUGCUUAAGAAAUCUGUGGGUAUGACUUCUAGUAAAGUUUAAUGUUUAGUAAAUAAAUACUGUCUUAAGUCAUUCAGUACAA